AUGACCCCAGAGGUGGAGCUGCCCCAGCUCGCCGGGGACGACACGGCGCUGAACGGCAUCCGGCUGCUCUGCCCCGACAACAGCACCAUCCAGUCCAACGUGGGGCCGUGGGGCUUUUGGGGCCCAGUGAAGAAAUGUCCCUCGGGGCAGCGGCUGACCCAGUUUCGACUGCGGGUGGAGCCGUGUCGGGGCCUCAAGGAUGACAUGGCCGCCAACAACAUCGAGUUCGUCUGCACGGGCGGGGUGGAGCUGAAGGGGGACGGGCGGUGCUGGGGCAAGUGGGGCCCCCAGAGCCGCUCCUGCAGCCCAUGGGGCAUCAGCACCAUCGCCACCAAGGUGGAGGCCCCCCAGGGCAAAGGGGACGACACGGCUCUGAAUGACGCCUACUUCAAAUGCGGAAGGCCUGAAACUCUUGCCCCCUCCACAACCCUGCCUCCCACCUCAACCGAGCCCUCCAACUCCACAACCCAGCCCCCCACCACCUCAACCCUGCCCCCCACAACCCAGCCCCCCAACACCUCAACCGAGCCCCCCACCUCCACAACCCAGACCCGAGCCACCCCGCCGCAGACCCCCCUGGAUCUCUCUCCGGACCCCUCUUACCUCACCGCAGACCCCCUGCACCAGGCUCCUCUUCCAUAG